UCUUAGUACAUUGUACACUAAAUCUUUUUUCUUAAGUGAUAAUGCUUUAAAUCGCGGUCUCUGUUGUGACAACACUUCGGACGGCUAGAAUUUCAUCUGUUUGAGUUAUAUAAGAUAGAAAAUAGACCACGAAAAAAAUGCGCCGCCUGACAUUGCUUUUCCAAGGAGUAUUAUUGUUGAUAUCGUUCAACGAGCUGCCUCUGUUCCAGAAUGGUAAGACUUCUCUUUGUUUUCUUAGGAUCUAAAUAGAGUAUUUAAGAGUGGGUCAUAUUGUGUAUCUCCUUUCACUAAACAAGAGACUUGAGAAUUCUUUUACCACAUACACGCAAAUUAUGAAAUUGGCAGGAAAGUGCUUAAAAUGCUUAUGGCUCUCCUUUAGUUUGUAUGUGUAGAGAAACAAGAUUACAUGUCGUAAAUCUCCUAUGUGCUGCAUUCCUCUAAAGCAGCAAGAAAAUAUGGGAAAAUUCAAUGUCUCGUCGCCCUACAAAUCAUUUCAUUCCAGUGUCUGACCAAGAAAUGUUUCAUCUCAGUAUUUUUUUUUAAAGCAUCGCUCCUUUUACAAUCAUGAUUAUUCAGAGAGUUUGAGUCUGAUGAAUGAACCACAUGAAUAUAAUGACGGGUUUUCCUGAAAUUUUUUAAAGCGACAUUUUCUUUGGUGUUCAUUGCAACCAUUCAUGAUCAGUUUCUUUUAAUCGAGAAGUACUCUGUAAACCCCAAGGUAAUAGCUAGGACAUUUUAGCUUACAAGUAAGACCUUUUUUCCACAGACUUGCAGUCGUGUUCAGGGCAUGAAAUUUUGGAGGCUGUUUUGUAGUCUUUAGUCCUCUUAUGCUCUGGACACUGGUAAAUUUCUGGGGCAACAAUUUAUGAAGAAAUAGUGACUUAAAUUAAGAAAAACAUUAUCCCUGAGGUGAGAAUGAACACUAAACGAUUGUUCUUCUAUUAUUAGUUUCCAAAUCAAGAUAGCGCCUUUAGCUUGCCUAAUUAGCCGUACUUAUUCUAUAUACUCCAAGCCCGACCGCUUCUCCUUGAUAGCCAAUUUUAUGAAGCGCAUUCUUACCGGUGAUUUCAAAUUAGCUAUGUGAGUUUAUUAUCUUGAUUUAUGGCGCGUUUCUCUAAAAUUCUAAUUUCCCUUCAAGAAGCGCGCCAAAAGUCUUGGGUUUUGGUUCAUUUACUGACUAGUUCAUAAUCUAACUUGAGACCUCAUGUAAAGAUUUAAUGUUAAGAAUUAGAUAUCUGAACGAAUGUUAGCACUUGCGGUAUUCUUAAGUCUGGAGAACACUUAAAUAAAUAUGACUGAACUCUAGGCGUGACGACAAAAAGCUGUUAAGGGGGAACUUCUGGAUGCGAAGGGAAUGGGCUUUGAGUUACAGAGAGGAUAUUUUGACGACAAUGGUCUGACUUGACAUGAAUGGUUUUUAAGAAAGCCGCUCAUUGAAACAGUAGGAGGUAGCAAAAUAUAUUACAUUUUGAAUCCCAAAAAAUCGAGGAGAUUCCACUCCGGACUCUAACAAGUUGUUUUUGGCGGGUGGAGGGGCAGAAGAAUGGGUGUAUUUCAAGAAAUUUUGUUGACUGUGAAACGAAAGUUCGCUAUCACUUAAUCUCAUAACUUACAGAAUUGCCAUUAUUUAAUGGAAGCCCAGAACACGCUUAAAACUACGACAUGUUUGUUGUCACAAAUUUGACAACGAAAGUCACCGCUUGACGAAAGCGUAGUAACGAAGGAGUGCGUAAGAGAUUUCACUUACUGCCUAAAAAAUGAUUCAAUUUGUAAAGUUACUGUGUAUAACGACAAUUCUAAGACUAAACCAUGGGUGUAGGAAGGAUUUCCCAGGGACCGCAGAGACCAUUUUAAGGUGGUAGGGCUAAAACCUCUGGCCAAUAUAAAGAAACAUUCAGGUCGGUGUUUCGCCAUUUAUCUUGCAUUUGCGCGCCAUCUUAUUUACCACCUCAACAAAUAUAACAAAAACGUCCACACCUGUCAUACUAUCCAAUAUAGCCAAUAUGUUAAAUAAACCUCCUGAGGUUGCUACUUUUUCAAGUUACCCAAAGUGCCCAAGCUUCUCUUGCGAUUCUUAUUGCGGGAAACAAACUCUUGUGUCGCUAUAGAGACACUGUCUGUUCUCCGCUUGUGACCAUUCAACACUACUAGGUCACCCAUCCUGGAUAGAAGCCACGUCUGCAGACGCCGUGCAGAUGGGAAUCAACGCUCGCCAGCAGCGCUGGUUGCAGGAUUUACAGCAGGCAGCUUACAGAUAGUGUGGGCUCCCUGAAUUAGCUUCUCUUCUGGUUUUGGAAACUUUGACACCGCCAACAGGAUUUCGUCAAAACACGCUAUCUUCUCCUAUAACAUAACUUCCAAAAUACUUAGUUGCAGCGCCCCUGUAUCAACAUCUUCUCUGUAUGAUGCUUCAAGAAACUUGAACUCUGCCUCAUAGUCGUCACCAUUAGCAGCGUUAAUCAAGAGGGUCUCCAUCUUGGCGUAGGUGCUGAAGCUUUCCUGAUAGAUAGCGCUGAUGAUAAGAUCAAUAUCCUCACAAUAGACCCUUCUAAAGUGAUCUUUGGCAGUUUGGGGGUAGCUUGGUGCACCAGUACCAACCUCAGUCUGGCCGAAGUGCAUCGCUUUCUUAGAAGCGUUGGUUUACCAAGCAGGCUUUCUCUCUUGCGAGAAAUAUUAGCAUGGAAAUGGUCGAAGCUCUGAUCACUGGGCACUUUUUUUGAGCGUCUCCUUUGUUAGAUUUGCCAAUGUCAGGCCUUGUCCACUGACAGCAGCUAUCUUAGAUAGAUCAUCGGUCUGUGGAACUGGAGCCGCCCUCCAAGAUUCAAACCAAAGAAAAAGUCAAAUCGUUCCAUUUAAGUCUUACAUCCUAUUAUCCUUGCACGCACAUCGGGUUGUAAUCGUUCGGACAAGCAAACAUCCCACUCUUCCAUAAGAACUGCAUAGUUCUCAAGAAUUCGUCGAAAACAACUGGCUCUAACCGUCCACCUUUUAGGGAAAAGUCCAAUAAUUCCACGAGAACUUAAAAAAGUGGUAGAGCUAUAGCCCUACAAGCCCCUUCCCCUCCGCGGUCCCUGUUCCCAAUGGGGCGACCUACAACAAACCGACUCUUCUUUUUGGAGAAGGAAGUUUUUGGUAAUAUAGUUUCUGACAUAUUUUCGAAAACAAAGGUUGCCAAAUUCCUGAUAACAAGUAACAAUGCAAGGAUUAGUGGACAACCUAGUUGAAAAAAGGAACAUUUAAAGAGGUGAUUCAUUGUGUUUUCUUUUUUAUGACGCUGUCUAUUUUCCCUACCAGCUCAUUUUAUAAUUUCUUCUUCUUCUUCUUUUCUUUUAACGUAGGCUUCCUCGGAACCCAUACCCUCCCAUAUAAAAUGGCCAAUACUUAGCGGGCUUAUUAGAUUAGACAAUUUUGUUAUAGUGACUAUAACAAAAUUUUCUAAUCGACGGCACUGAUUUUACCAUUAAAAAGUCCCAUUUGCCCUUAAAACACCAAGCCGAUAAGAAAACACAUAAUAAGCUUAAGGGAACACAAAAGUCCGCUUGAUUUUUCUGUUAGGUCUUCCCAAAUACUAACCCUAGAGACCCUGGCAAGUCCCACAAGUUCGCAAAGGGGUGUGGUUUUUUUAUUUCAGGUGUGUGUUUGCGGGAUAUUUUUUCUUUACGCUCCCUCUAAAGGUAAACUGAUGCCGAAAGCUCCUAACGUUAAGUAGGGAUUUGAAGAUUUCUUUUUACGGGGUUAGAGUUUGUUAGUUUAAAUUUGAUUGCUUUUAUUAAAAAUAUAUAAACGGAAGCUUCGCUUUUAGCCCUGGCUAAAUCUAUGUAUUAUAGAGUUUUGUCCUUGGCGUGGAUGUCUUAUUUUGUAUUUUUCUCAGAGCUAAGAGCUAUUGUCAAGCCCCAGUGUUAAGUAAAUAGAAUGCCUUAACCCAAAUAUGAUUCACCCAAAAACUAUGACUAGUGAAAAUAAUGGUCAGUCAUUUAAGCAAUAGAUAUGCUAGGGAAGCCUGAGUACCAAGCGUUUCCAUACAAGUUAUGCAGGCGCGAAAAUUAGAGUGAAAAAACAAAAAACAAAAACAAAGACAAAAAAAAACAACAACAACAACAAAAGCAACAAAAAAACUCCCCUUUUUCGCAUUCGGUCCCAACUUACACGGAAAUGCUUGCUACGCAGGCUAUGCUAGGUUAAGAAAAUUUUCAUUGUUAGUUGAGUGAUUUCAUUGAAAUAGCAUUAUACUGAAGCAAACGUUUUCUAUGUAUCUUAAUUACAGCUAGGCAUCAAGUCAACGCCAGCUAUGUCAGCAAAUAUACCUGCCAAAACGACGUCAUGAGGAUUGACUGUGGCUCAAAGGUUAUUAAAAUUAUCUGGGCAAAAUAUUUGCGUUUGGAUUCAAAAAUAUGUUCAAAUGGAUUCAAAACAGCGGAGUACUGCUCCCCUGUGGUGAGAACUGGUAAAGUUAGAAGACUUUGUAGUGGAAAAGCUGCGUGUAAUAUCAGUGUCGACGAGAAAACGAUGGGUGACCAUUGUCCUGACAUCAACACUGAGUACCUGAAUGUCUUAUAUUCUUGCUUGUUUGAAUCGGUAAAUGCUACCAUAACAGGUAUACUUACACUGUAUUCAUAUUUUCCCUUUAAUCAAAUGUAAUCACUAAAUAAACUAUCUUAUAAAACCAGGUGGGCAAUGUCUAGUUCGAGGCACUACAAGCGAAAGCUAAUCAAGGGUGUAUCUGAUUUACAUCAGACAGCUUCAACGUCGUUCUUUCUAAGGCUAUUCACAAAACGUAUUACCUGCCUUAUUUUAACUUAAUUCAGGGAAUAUAUUUUAUCUAUCAUGAAUAAAGGCUUGGUUACCAAUGGUGGCAUCGACCGUUUAAAAGGGGAACGACCGUUUACGACUUAAGCUCACGCCAUAACAACGGUGAUUUCAGUUGGAUUUCUGUAACGGAGCAGAGCUUCGAUUCGUCGAUCUCGAAACGGUGGAUCGUCACAUAUCGAUUAAGUCUCUGCAACGUACUCUUCGUCGUUACGUGAACACAUAUUCGGACCAAUGAGCGGUGAAUACAAGUCACGAAACACACGUGACCUGGUCACUAUAAAUAGAGACCGAAGUCCGAAGCUCGAUGUCGGAAUUCAUUGAGUUUAACCGCAGAGAGUGCCAUCUUAACACCGAGAAUGGCGGCGUUUUUGUAAGCUCCCCUCCCCAUUUUUAUUUGAUCGAAAAAAGAACAAAAAAGUCGGGAUUCGUGUGGACGGUAUAAUGUUUUGAUAUAUUUCUACCGGAAGUUGUAGUCUAAGGGAAGUCUAGUCUUGUGCACGUGAUUUGAAUCAUGGGAUAUUGUAAGAACAGGCUGGGGGGUUAUCCUAAUUUGUUGAGUGUGAUCUCGCGUAUUAAGUGCAAUCUGUCAGGAAUCGUUAGAGAUGGGUCUUAGAGGCGAAAAAGAUGGCUUCACUGAAGAUUUCUUUCGUUGUUUUCUUAAUUUCUUAGCAGUUUCUAAAAUUGAUUUGUAACGAUUUAAAGAACAUUUUUUAAAUCAUUCCAUGCUUAAUCACUUGAUUUAGUUAAGCUGGCUCCUAAAUUAAGCUAGAUUAGUUUGGGGAUGUACAAGACCGGGUAAACCUACUUAUCUCCUUUUUACUUGUGACUAAAGAGUUUAGUUUUAUUAAUAUUAUUAUUAAUUAUUAUUAUUAUUACUAUUAUUAUUGUGUUUAAAAUAUAUAGGGUAGCUUUUAGUUUCGUCGUUAAAGCCAUUCUACGCAACGGCGUAGAAGUGGAACAAAUCGUUCACACAUAACAAACAUCGCACCGGAGCGGUUGGGUGCACCAGCCCAUGUAAAGUUUUAAAAUCUAAAAAGUCAAUUUACUUUCUGUUAUAGAAAAGCCACCAACUUCAGAGUCACAUUGUGUCCCUAAGAAGUCUACGAUGGUUUUAACAAAGCCAUCCAAACCCUCCCCUCCCUUAAAUAUAACUACAACACCUAGCUUAUCAAGUGGAACAAUGUCAAGCAAUCCUAUCGAACAACAACAAGAACAUGACGAAGAAAGAGGUGACGAACCAGAAGAUGAGGAAGGUUCUGAGGGCGACGUCUCUGCUGAAGUUGUCCAUUUCGUUUUAUUUGGUGGAGUUUGCAUUAGCACAUGUCCUACUAUCUUUGCUGUCUUACAGAUCUUUAUUGUAAUUAUCUUGUGAACGAUUUUGAAUGCGCUAAGGCCCCGCAAAGUUCAGUUUCAUAAACGCUCUUUGAGUUCUUUUUUUGUUUUGUUUCCUUUUCCGGUCUGCUUUUGUCGUAGUACGAGGGAGCAUGCGUAAAAGUUACAACCUGCAACCACACUGUCGAUUGCGGUGGAACCGAAGAUAAUAUAGUAAACAUCAAGUUACACAGUUAUACCGGAAAAACGAAGGGAAUU